AAAUUUUCUUUGCUCUGAUUAGCUAACAAUUCACUGCUGAGACAGAAUCAAUUGCGGAUUGGAUGAACAGUAAAAUAGUUGGGAUAUGCGCGCUAGAUUAGAGAGUAUGAAAAGUGCGCAGGAGUAGGUCCCAUUACUGUAGAACUUUGUGUACAUAAAAUUGGUGGUCACAAGAGUACAAGCACAUACAAAUUUUCAAUCUUUCCUUUUAUUAGUUUUCUGACAUAAAAAUUGCUUUAAUACAAAGCUUUCUUUUAUACAAAGUACACAUCUUAAAUAUGCUUCAUUGUAUUGAUGAAUCAAUAAAUUGUUACAUUUAAAAUCGCGUUCGAUGUGCCAUUGUGUAUCACUGUGAAAUACGCGUCAAGUAUGUGUACGUUAGUUUGUGCCAUAUAAUCUUCAUCAGGAUAUAUGUAUUGUAUUUUUAUCUUAAUAUUUCUUUGCUAAAAUAUUGGCAAUCCGUUUUAAGCAUCCCGACAGGUUUUUGCAAACAUUAAACAUGCCGAGGGAUAUACGGUCUUAUUUCCAAAGUACUAAGAUUAAUCCUAGUGUUACUUCAACAAAACCCACAAAAAGACGAAUAAUUUCAUCCGAUGAGGACGAUGAAAAGAUAAAAUCUCCUAUUAAACGAUCCAAGAAAAUAAAAAUAUUAGGAAAGAAUUCAAUUUCAGUUGACUCGGAUGAAGAAGGAAAACAGAAGAAAACAGUUUCUCCUGGUGAUAUUUUUGGUAAAAAACCAAUAAACAGAAAAGAAGCUGCAAAAAUAUCGAAAAAAUUGCGGAAAGAGGAAGCUGAAAGUCAUGAUGAUACAAAAUUCGAAGCAACAUUGAGUCAGUUAGAUAUAUCUGAUAUUGAACAAAAAUAUUUAGAAGAAAGUCAAAAAUCUAAUAAAGACUCCAUUCACAAUGUAUGUGAAAAAGAUGAUUUGCCUAAAAGCAAUAGUGAAAAUGAAGAGGAAAAGACAAUACCAUUUGAAAAUGAAGAUAAAAUUGAAGAGAAUAGUACAAUUCAAAAGUCGAAUACAGACUUACGUAAUAAAAACCAUAUAGAUAAAGCUAAGAAACAUUCAAAUGUCGGUAUAAAUGAUUCUAAACUUGAUGAUAAAUCAAAGCAUGCAAAAAAUACUUCUAAAGCAAAAUCAAGUGUUUAUGAACUAGAAAUAGAACAAUCAAAGAAAAAAUCACCCAAAAACUUAGAUGAGUAUGAAAAACGAGCUGAGAAGAGAAAACAGAGCAGUGCCCUAUAUCAACAAUAUCUUCAGAGGGGAGGAGCUAGGAAUCCAGGUUCAAAAGAAAUUCCAGAAGGUUCUGAAUACUGUCUUGCCGGAUUAAGUUUCUUGAUUACUGGUGUUUUGGAUUGUCUAGAAAGAGAAGAAGCUGAAGAACUUAUUAAAAAGUAUGGUGGACGAGUUUUACAUCAAGUUUCUAAGAAAACUGAUUAUGUCAUAGUUGGCGAUGACCCUGGUCCAUCAAAAAUAUCAAAGGCAAAGAGUCUGAAUGUAAAACAAAUAUCGGAAGAUGAUCUCCUAGAAAUGAUUCGAACAAAAAAAUCAGGUCAAAUUCAAGAUGUAAAACAGUCUCGUACAAAAUCAAAAGAUAGAACGAAACAAAAACACAUAGAUUCGGAUAGUACGUCUUCCUCGUUACCUAAACAACCAAAAACUGCAUUAAAUCAAGAAACAGAAAAGUCAGCAAAAUUACAACCGCCUAAUAAAAAUGGAAGUGGAGACGGUGUUAUAGAAAAGAUGCAAAAUAAAGAAUAUGCUGAUGAAAAAGCAGAAAAGAUUUCACCUAAGAAAAUACAUGAUGAUAGAGACAUAAUGGAAAGGGUAAUUAUGAAAGAUGAUAAAAAAGAAGUGAAGGAUAUUAAAGAUCUACAAAUGAGAACUGAUUCGUUACAAAAUAUUAAUGUAGAUGUACCAGUGCAGUCUUUGGUUGAAAAAUAUAGACCUAAAUCUAUGAAACAGGUUUUAGGUCAGCAGGGAGACAAAAGCAAUGCAAAAAAAUUAUAUAUGUGGUUAAAUAACUGGCAUAAAAAUCAAAAUGGUCAAGUGAAGCGUACUAAACCCAAUCCAUGGGCGAAGAAUGAUGAUGGAGCUUUCUUUAAAGCUGCCCUGUUAUCUGGACCACCUGGAAUUGGAAAGACUACAACUGUUCAAGUUGUUUGUAAGGAAUUAGGUUUUGAUCUUGUAGAGUUCAAUGCAUCCGACACCAGGAGCAAAAAACUUUUAAAAGAGAGCGUAUCCGAACUUCUAUCUAACACUUCAUUAAAGGAUUAUUUCAUAGAUCCUAAAAACAAACCAACAUCGAAACAUGUGUUAUUAAUGGACGAGGUAGACGGUAUGGCUGGUAAUGAAGAUCGUGGUGGUGUACAAGAAUUGAUUAGUUUGAUUAAAUCAACCGAAGUACCAGUUGUUUGUAUUUGUAAUGAUCGAAAUAAUCCUAAGAUGAGAACGCUUGCCAAUUAUGUUUUCGAUCUCCGAUUUCCAAAGCCUAGAUUAGAACAAAUUAGGGGAGCUAUGAAAUCUAUAUGUUUUAAAGAAAACAUUAAUAUUUCUACGGAAAAUUUGGAUCGCUUAAUCGAAUCAACUAAUCAAGAUAUACGACAAGUAAUAAAUCAUUUAGCUUUGUUUGUUGGAAAAACUGGUACCCAAGAAAAGUCUGAGAAAAAACACAUCAACAAAGAUCUAAAAUUAGGGCCUUGGGACGUUGUGAAAAAAGUAUUUUCUGCUGAGGAACACAAACAGAUGAGCAUUCAUGAUAAAAGUGACCUGUUUUUUCAUGAUUAUAAUAUAGCACCAUUGUUUGUACAAGAAAAUUAUUUAUUGGUUACACCACAAGGACCAAAAAGUAAAUUGUUAGAAAAAGUAGCUCAAAGUUCUGAAAGUUUAGCAUUAGGAGAUAUAGUUGAAAAAUCAAUAAGAAGUAAUGGAUCUUGGUCUCUUUUGCCUAUGCAAGCUUGUUAUUCUUCUGUUAUACCUGGAACUAUAAUGUCUGGUCAUGUUGCUGGUCAAAUUAAUUUCCCUGCUUGGCUUGGGCGUAACUCGAAAGCUGGUAAAUUUGAUAGAUUAAUGCAAGAGAUAACCGUGCAUACACGGUUAGCUACUGGUGCAAGCAAAGAAGCUAUAAUUUUGGAUUAUAUUAAACCUCUCAGAGAUGCUAUUGUUAGACCACUAGCAGUUGAUUGUAGUGAAGGGGUAAAUGCAGCAAUAGAUGUUAUGAAUCAUUAUCACCUGCUCAGGGAGGAUUUAGAUUCUUUGAUAGAAACUUCUUUGUGGCCAGGUGAUCGUGAUCCUAUGCAAGUUAUUGAUAGUAAGGUUAAGGCAGCCUUUACAAGGUCGUACAAUAAAAGUUCUAUGGCUGUUCCAUACACAGUCAGUGGUGUGCCAAAGAAGAAAACUGCACAGAGUAAAGAGGAAGAGGGUUACUUAGGAGAUGAAAACUCCGAAGAGGAGAAUUCUGAUAACGAUAAUAUAGAAUCUGAUAAAAUGAUCAAGGCGAAAAAGGCCACCUCCAAUAAGAAAACAGAAUCAAAAAGUAAAGGUACAGACACGAGUACAACGAAAAGGAACAGUAGUGAUAAGCCCUCAACUAGUAAACGUGGAAGGGGCCGCGGAAAGGCAAAAUAACACAAGCAUAUACUGUGAAGUUUGAAUGUGAGUUUUAUUCAACGAAACGGAAUGAUAUUGAUAUUUCAAAAUGCAUUGUUUGUCAUUAAAUUUGUAUCAUUCAUUUAUUUUACUUAUUCGUUGUACGCGAAAUGAGAUUAUAAAUUAUAUCUUCAACUGUCAUGUGAUUUGAAGUACAAAUAUGUUUGCUUGGAAUGAUAAUAUUAAUAAUAUGUAAAGUGUUUUUACUCCUCAA